AUGCGCACUAUACACACCGGCCUUGUGCUCGGAGCAGCUGGCUUUGCCCAUAGUCUGACGCCCCUGGGUACAUUUUACCCGCCGAUGCUCAAUGAAACUUCAUACAUCUCCAACAAUUCGCUCGGUACAUACGGUGGUAUUUAUAAAGCAACUACGUAUGGUCCAUCCGAGGGAAAUCCUUACGGAACUUAUGAUUAUUGUUCUAUGCCACAUCCACGAUCUCAGGAAUACGAACUCCCAGCCCCAAUUGCGAAUGGGUCGACCAAGGGCAAGCUUGUUCAUCUAGAGUAUUUACAGCGUCACCAGCGACGCACUCCCUACAAUAUUUUGCCCGGUGGAGAGAACCAACAAUACUCUUGUGAUAAUGUGCGACCGUAUCUUUACGCUGGUCCCAGCAGCCAAAGCGGCAUCCAGCCUAUUCCAAUGUAUGCCCAAACCUACCAGGACCCCUCAAACCCUUUCAGUGCCGAUGUGAAUGGCACCUGCCAAUACCCACAGAUCACUGUCGGUGGGGUCCAAGACGGGUACCAGCAUGGACAAGAUCUCUGGAAUGUCUACGGCAAAAAGCUCGACUUCAUUCCCAAGGAACCAAAUGACCGUGUUUGGUUCCGCUCCAGUGACUCUGCCCUGACACAGGCCACUGCCGGGGCUGUCCUUCGCGGGAUCUGGCCUGCAUACGGUGGUGCUCUAGCCUUGCACCAGAUGGUAUCUUCCGUCGAUACCGUGAACGAAGGGUAUUCCUGUGAUGCCGUCAGCUCAACUCUUUCCAGUUUAGAGUCUACUUCCGAAUGGAAAGAUCAUCUUUCAGUCACAGCUGAGCUACGGUCCAAGCUUGGCUCCAUGCUUGGUGCUACAUCGAGCUCUUGGCAGGAUACAUUUGACCACUUCUCGGAUAAUUUCCAAGCGCGGCUUUGCAAUGGUUACGAGCUACCAUGUAGCAUGACAAACGCAUCGUCAUGUGUGACUCAUGAGAUGGCCAAUGAAGUCUUUCGAGCUGGAGACUGGGAGUGGAACUAUUACUGGAGAACCAACCCUUACGUUGUCAAGUAUAUCCAGGUUGUUGAAGGUCUAUUCAUCGGUGAAAUUCUAGCUCGUCUUCAGGCGGUGCUAAAUGGAAAUUCGAAGAUUGAUUAUAGCCAUAUCUUCAUUCAUGACGGAGAUAUUGGCCCUAUUCUCGGAUCUUUGGGCAUCAAUGGACUUCGCUGGCCAGCAAUGGGCUCUAACAUUGCCUUUGAAAUUUGGGAAACGGUUAACGAGAAAGAUCGAUUUUAUGCUCGAGUGCUUUACAGCGGCCAGUCUGUGGAGACCAUUCAUGGCAAGCUUGACUGGAUCAAACUCAAUCAGCUUAUUGAUAUCAUGAGCCCCUAUGUUCCAGAAGACAUAACAACGCUUUGCGGUUAA